GACAAUCAUUGGCCGGUGAAAACGCGUUUCAGGAAGUAUUGAGAAAAAUUACUUUGCCGACUGAAAAUCCUCCUCAUGAUACUGUACUCUUGAGAUUAGCAGUUACCUCCUUCAUUCAAACGACUGUCUCAUGGCUGCUAGAAGAAUCUUGGUCUUCCCCUCCUCAGCGGAGCUUGGUCCAGUGCUGGUCAGUCUGGUGACAUCCCGGGCUGAGAAGGCAAUCACCUCCCGUGGCAGGUUCACCCUGGGGCUUUCUGGAGGAAGCCUGGUGUCCAUGCUUGGCAAAGAGCUGCUCGCCCUGCCAGAUUUGGACUGCAGCAAGUGGUUGGUUGGUUUCUGUGAUGAGCGACUGGUUCCAUUUGAUGAUCCAGAGAGCACCUAUGGGCUGUACGAGGGCGAGUUAUUUUCCAAGAUCAACAUCCCUGAAAGUGGGAUCUUAACCAUAGACCCCUCUCUGCCCGUGGACCAGUGUGCUGAGGACUAUACCCGGAAAUUAAAGGAGGCCUUCCCAGGUGAGAAGCUCCCAGUAUUUGAUCUGUUACUGCUGGGUAUGGGCCCUGAUGGACACACCUGUUCCCUCUUCCCAGACCACCCUCUACUGGAGGAAACAGAGAAGAUUGUGGCCCCCAUCAGUGACUCUCCCAAACCGCCGCCACAGCGCGUUACUAUGACCUUCCCAAUGGUGAACUCUGCACGCUGUGUGGCUUUUGUAUCAACAGGAGGAAGCAAAGCACCAGUUUUGAAGGAAGUCCUGGAGGGUAGAGAAGGACCAGCUUUCCCUGCAGCCCGUGUUGUGCCGACCAACGGCGAGCUGUUCUGGCUUGUUGAUGACCCUGCAGCUGCCUCCUGACUAUACAGUUAGAGAGGCCGGGCUCAGGAGCCAAACUGUAGGCCUCUCUAUCUGUUGAAUAAAGACAGAGAGUCUACAAACUUAAAUAAGGGGACUGGAAAUAGUAGACUGCAUUCCUACUUUCACUUGAAAGUGCUGUUGUUGUUUUUUUUAGGUGAGAUAAAUAGAUAGGUUCCAUGACAAACAAAAAUCACAAGGGACAUCUGUGUAAUUUCCAGCAUUACAUUUAGCACUUAUUUUAUUAAGUUUGUGAGUAUGUCAGAGGUCUGCCUUCAUACAAGAGCAAGUUGAAGAAAAUGCUUUCAAAUAUUUUUAGCAAAAUUGAGAAAAUCAGACAGAUAAAAUGUAAAAAAAAAAAAACAUAUUUUUAAGCAUUCUUACCCUUAACAAGACCAAAGUUACAUUAAUAGACUGUAAAUGUGUUGUUUUUGCUCCUCACCUCUGAAAAUCAUGUUUCUUUGGUAAUUUCUCAUGUUUUCAAUAGAAAUAAAAAAAAAAAAAUGUU